GUCAAGUCCCAUGUCAUUGAUGUUGAAGUCCAAGUCGUGUCCCAAGUCUUUCUGUUUUGUCAAGUCAAGUCUCAAAUCCAAGGCACAACCUGCAAGUCCCAUGUCUGUCAAUUUCCCUUUUUUCAUUCAACUAAUGCAAAAUAUCCUGUACUAUACAAAAAGAAGACAUGCUGCUUUUUGAUAAUAAAUAAAGUACAAUUAAACUGAACUGUAACUGACAGAGCUAAUGCUACUUAUUAGCUUGACCAUUCUCAUGGAGGUAUCCCAUAUGACAUAUUGUGCAGCAGAUAUGACCCCCACCCUGCCCUGGGCCCAUCCCGAUAACAUGCAGCGUGCGGGGUGGUCCCUCCCAACCCCCCAACAACACCAGCUGCUAAACUUUUGCAUGCAUUGUUUACGCUUAUAAACAAGUUAUGAACCUUUUUAUACUUGCUAAUGACUUUGAUGUUAGCAUGUUUACAGGAUUACCGAUUAUUUCUGACAGCUGUUUAACUUUGGAGUGGACUACGAGAAGGCGUCAACAAUGCUCUCAGAAAAGGAAAAGAAGAUGAUUUUAGACUUAUGUAAUCGUCUCAUUCCUAUAGCUUCAACCAUUGGCUCGGAUGCUCUGAACAGGAUGUUUGUGGUCUAUCCAGGAUCUAAGACAUACUUCUCCCACCUGGACAUCUCCCCUCGCUCCACCCACCUGCGUUCCCAUGGUGAGAAGAUCGUCCUGGCCAUCGCUGAAGCCGCCCAAGAUAUAAGCCAGCUGAAUGAGACACUAGCUCCACUCCAAACCCUUCACGCUUACACACUCAGGAUAGCCCCUGGCAAAUUCAAGCUCUUCUCUCACUGUAUGCUCGUCAGUCUGGCCUGUUACCUGCAAGAUGACUUCACAGAGGUAGUACAUGCAGCUAUGGAUAAGUACCUCUCAGCAUUUGUGGCUGUGCUGGCCGAGAAGUACAGAUAAAACCUGACCAGGAGUUCAAAGGACAACUAUUGUAUCUGUGUAUAGACUAUUAUGCAGGGCCAUCUCUAGGUAUCUAUGGGCCCUGGAGAUGAGAGAUCCAUGUUUGUCAUUGUAUAAAAUUUAACACGCAAAAGGCUGUUGACAUCAAGUUGUUUUAAGUGAAAUUGAAACAAAAUUUAGAAUUGUUAUUGUUAUAAGUGUAAUAAAUGUAUACUACUAGUUAUGGGAAAGUAUGAGAAGUUGUAGGUAGGCCCUCUCAUUCUGUAGGUUAUGGACUGCAGCUCAAUUGCAUUCAUGUUGACCUGCUAUUAAAUGUGUAUUGUUUGUGUAUCAAAUUAAAUGUGUAUUAAAUAACUAUGUAAAUUUUGGUUAAUAAAAAACUCAACUAAACACAA